AUGGAUAUGAUGAGCACCGAGGACAUUUGCAAUGAGUACGAGGCGGAGCUGCUGGAGUUGCGUAGCCAACUGGAGGAAAUGGAACGCGAGUGUGCACGCCUGGAGCUUGAGAAUCAGGAGCUGGUCAAACGGCUUGAUGAGAAGUCAAAGGACUGCAGCGCAACUGAGGAUAAUCUCGAAAUCGUUGAGGAGGAGCUGAGAAUAUUUGAAGAAAUCAAUGAGAGCAACUUUAAUGAAUUGAAGCGCUUGCAUAUUUUCUCAUUUGUAUCCUCAAAUGCCGACACUGAUCUAUUCAACCAUUGCAAUAAUGUAACUGAUCCGCUGUUGAAGAAUUUGGGAGAAUACAAAGCAAAAAUUGAUGAACUAGAGUUCACAAUGAACAGUCUACAAACUAAGCUUGAGACAUUCUUGAAAGAAAGUGAGCAGCUUCUAAAUAAAACUCAUGGACACGAACUUUCCAUCAAGCAACAGCAAGUUGAGUACACAGAACUACUCAGAAAUCACUCUUUAAUAAUGGAUCAAUUUGAAACCACGGUAAAGCAACAAGAACUCUCUUUAGCGACACUGAAAGCUGAAAAGGAUAAGCUCAUUGCCGACUUAAAUGUGCAAAAGCAAAUGAAUCGUACUGAACCGCCAAGCUGUAUAGCUUAUGGGAAUGAUAUUCAAAGGAUACGAGUACCUGGCGCUGAUGCCUUUCAGGCUCCCUGUCAUACAACGUUUGAGCCCAUCAAAGGUUGGACUGUUAUACAACGGCGAUUCAAUGGAUCUGUGAGCUUUGAUCGUAAAUGGGAUGAGUACAAGAAUGGCUUUGGCGAUUUAAGAGGCGAAUACUGGCUAGGGCUGGAGAAGCUGCAUCUGAUGACAAAGUUUCAGCCACACGAGCUCUACAUAGAAUUGGAGAAUCACGAGGGCGAAAUUUUCAAUUGA